AUGCCCCGACCCCCACCGCCCGACGUCGCCCCGCCGCUCGACGCCUGGAACCGAACCACCCCGCCGCCCCGGUCGCUGGAUCCUCGCCGCCCGGAGCUCGACGCGCCUCCACCUUCGAGGGACUGCCUCCUCUUCGUCACCGUCGCCCCCGACGUCGCUGCCUCGCCCCGCCACAUCAUCGCCGGACUGCUCCUCGUCUCCGCCGCUCGUCCCCAUCCUCCUCCCCAACAAGCCUCGCCGCCCCAGAUCCCCUGCAAUGGGGGUGAGCAACGCCCCCUCUUCUUUCCCCUCUCGUCCGGUCGCCGCCCACGGCAGUCCCACUCCGCCCAUGCCCGAGCCCCGCCUAGCUACACCUCACCACUGCCGCUGCCGAGCGAGGCCGCCGUCGCCUCGGGGCCCUGCUCGCCGUGCCCGACCUCUCUCCUCGGCGUCCACAGCGCCGCUCCGGCGUCGUCCUCGCGCUCGCUGCGGCCUCCUUCCCCACGCGCAGGCGACGCCCCACGCCCAUGGCCACCUCUGGCGCUCCGGCGCCCGCGCCCUGCUCCUCCCCUUUUGCCCUGCUGUGGCCUCACUGCUGCCACGCCGGCGAACCCUCCCCCCUUGCCGUGGCCCCAACUAGCUGCGUCCAUUUUUUUAAUCUUUUGGGCAUGGGCCCCGUUCGUUAGUGGCACAGGGGCCUUAAAGGGGUGGGGCAAGUUAACGGGCAGGCGUGGGCGCUGGCGACCGCACCCGAGGCCGCCAGAGGCGAGGCCAGAGGGCGCGACCGGGGUCGUGGAGCCGGGAGCGGACGUGGCUGGCCAUCGACGGGCGGCAGCGGCGGCGAGCGGAGUGGUGGCCAGUAGGCGGGAGCAGCGGCAGGAGGCGACGGCGGUAGGCGGCGCGAGGACGGCGGCGGCCGGCGCGGCGAAGCAACAACGACGGCGGCAGGGCGGCGCGGUGCUAGGAGGAGGCAGGUGCAAGGGAUGGCCCGAGCGGCAGAGCUCCGGCGGGCACACGGUCACGGGACAGAGCGGGGCGCGGCCGGCGGAUGCAGCAGAACAGCAGCGAGCGGGCGCGGGCUGA